AUGGUUUGGGGUGCGUGCGUGCGUGCGCGCGCGCAGGACCGCGGCUACGUUUGUUGUCAUGCUGAAGUGGUACAGCCCACGCGGCCCGGUCGCCAUGGAGAGCAGCUCUCCAGGAGCGCGAGGCAGCCAGAAGGACUAGGGGCGACCGAGGAGGACGGAUCCGAAAGCACUGUAGGCUUUGUUGGGAGGAUCCUAAGCCAGGAGACGGCCUCUCCUGGGGAGGUCAGGGCCAAAGCUGGGUCAGGUCUGGGUGUGAGCAGUAACCAGGUGGUGGUUCCUGACAGAGUGAACGCAGUGCUGGGAAAGAACAUCACACUUGGCUGCAGAAUAGAAGUGGGCUCCAACCUCAGCCUCACACAGAGCUCCUGGGAGCGGCGUCUCCCGUCAGGCACCAUUACCCUGGCAGUGUUCAAUCCCGAGUACGGGACGUCAUACUCGCCGGAUUACGGCAAGCGUAUCUCAUUUGUUUCCCCUUCAAUACGAGACGCCACCAUUACCCUUGAAGGAGCCGGAUUCGCAGAUAUCGGGUCCUACACCUGCAAAGUGGCAACAUUUCCCCUGGGCAAUACACAAGCUUCAACCUUUGUUAAUGUACUAGUGGAGCCAAAGGUGUACGUGUCAGCGGGCCCGACCGCUCUGUUGGAUGGGGGGAACGAGUCCCUGGUGGCCACCUGCAUAGCAGAGCGCGGGCGCCCCGCUGCCGAGGUUUUCUGGGACACGGAGCUGUACGGGCGAUCUGAGAAGCAGAGUCAGGAUGAGUCCAACGGCACCACCUCCGUACAUGUGCACUACAUGUGGAAGCCUCAGAGCUACGCCCAGGGGAAGAUCCUCACCUGCGUGGUGCGCCACCUAGCCCUACAGACAGAGUUCCGCAUACCCUACACGCUAAAUGUUCAGUUUGCACCAGUGGUAUCAAUCGAAGGAGGUGGCAGAAAUUGGUAUGUGGGUCAGGUGAAUGUGAUAUUCACCUGUGGUGCCAAAGCCAACCCUCCUGUCCGCCACUUCACAUGGAGCAGGUUGGGUGGGUUAAUGCCUCAGGGUGUGGUGAUCUCAAACAAUACCCUGGCUUUCAGUCGCCCGCUCGAGCGCAAUGAUUCUGCAAUCUAUCGCUGUGAGGCCACGAACGACAUUGGACUCCGCAGUCAGGAUGUGACCUUCACGGUACAAGAUCCCCCCCCCACCACCGCGGCCCCCAGCACCACGGCGUCCCUCCUCCACGACACUGCCAGGACCGGCACGGCCGUGGACCAGCGCAGAGCCCUGCACACCUCCCCCACCCUGGCCUCCGUCCCGGACAGCAGCCUGGGCACCAUCGUGGGCGGGGCGGUGGGCGGCGUGCUCUUCCUGGUCCUGCUGCUGAUUCUGGGCGCGGCCUGCUUCAUGCGCCAGCGCCGGACCUUCAGGGGGGACUACUACACCAAGCAGUACCUGGGACCCUCCGACAUGCAGAAGGAGUCUCAGCUGGACGUGCUGCAGCCUCACGAGCUGCAGGAGGUCUACGGGGACAAAAUGAGCAAAGGCAGCCAGGAGCUAAAACCCAAACUGGGCGGAGACAUCAUUUACCCCGACUACACCCCCGAACGGAAGGAGAGGGACGACUGGGCUGACAGGGGGGACGCCCACAGGGGUCUCAAGGAGGGAAACUACUACCCAGAUCAUUACAACGGCCAAAACAUGCACCCCUGUGGGCCCCCCGUGCACAGCCCCAUUGUGAACAACGGCUCCCCCUACCUCCCGGAGGACUGCUUCGACAAUGGUACAGACAGCGACUACGUGUCCCACAUGGAUGGGUCUGUGAUCUCACGCAGAGAGUGGUAUGUUUGAGGAAGGGUGGCAAUGAAAGAAAUGGACAAGUGACUCACUGAGAAUAAGUCAAAAACAGACAGAUAUUUGGCGAAAGGAUGUGUCAUUUCACUUUCUAGUGCAUAAAUGAAAUUUCUUAGCUCAGUUUCAGAAUGAGCUGUUUAAACAAUACUGCUCAGCCCCGAUUGUGACCACUUAACCUUAAGGACGUGUUUGUUGAUUGUAUUAGACUUUUGUAGCGUUUCUAAGAGCUACAGAUGAGUUGAUAUUAUCAUGUUUGCCAUGGCGCACGGCGGCGUUACAACCGAUGUGAGUGAGGUUUUGUUUUCUGCUCGUUUGCCUUUGCACCUGUCUUUUUCAUGGGUGACGGGUCCGGUGUUCGGACCCUCAUUUACUUAAGGAAUUUACAGCCUUGACUCACCGAGCCCUGCUGCUCGUGGCGUCUGUGGCAUCCGAAACAAAAAAAGACUCACCCGAUCGCUUUAAACAGUUUUACAGAAGUCAAAUGUUCAUCAUGGCUGCAGACAGUAUUUAAAGCCAAUUGUAUUGCAUGCUUUACAAAUACAAAAGUAUCAUUAAGUGAAAGGGAAAGUCACAAGAUUAAAAGGGAGAAUGGCACGGGCAUUUUACCAAGGGAAAGCCAGCUGGUUAAUGGGACUCAUCGCAGAAAGACACUGCCUCAUGUAACCACACUUCGGUACAUUUCUUCCUCGGCUUUUUCCAAAUCCCAGUGUCUCCCGCACAUCAGUCGGGAAACCGUAAACAUGCCCCCUAUGGGUCGCCCUCCCAGUGGAAGCUCCUCCCCUCUCAGCUUCAGAAGUGCAUAUUUUUACACAUAUCUCUGAAUUCUCCAGGUCUGCUUCACAGGGGGGCUGCAGGAAGUGAGCUCUCAGCCAGGAUGGCUGUUUCUUUGUGUGCACAAACUCAGGUUGCUUUUAUAAAUGAAAAAAAAAUGAAAAAACUCUGCAACCAUGAUCUAAAUGUCAUGCCGACUGCAGUUUAGUUUUGUUCUAUUUUCCUCCAAAUUAGGUUUCUUAGUCAAAGUUUGGACAAACAGGCUGCAUUCUAAUAGUAUGAGUGACUGUUUUAACCUCAGAUAAAACCUGCUACUGCAGCAGGAAAUGUUCAACCCCCCCCAAAGAAAAAACUUAAACCAAAUCCACCAUUAUCUGUAUUAGAAUGUGUUGAUCCAGUCGCUUUCAUUCAUUUAAAGUCGCAGCCCUGUCAUUACAGUUGUCAGUAAACAUAAAAAAGCCCACCAGGCUCGGGCUCUCUGGGCUUUACAGUGAUAACAGGCUGCAUUUUCCCAUUUUCCCUCUUCAGCACACUCCGACUUCUGUCUGUUAGGCCGACACCAAUAGGUCAUUAUAGCUUUUGCUAACACGAGAUCAAAGUAAGGCGUUAUGAAUACCAGAUGUGAGUGAAGCUGCUAUGGCCAUCUACCCCCACUAACCACGGGACGGUCUCUCCACGCCACCGCCUAGGCGCUCCGCUAACGCCAGGGAGCAGCUUCCAGCAACUUUUGUUUCAGUUUGAAGACUUAUUGCUCCUAACGCUGGAGAGCGGGCGAUUGGCUGACGUCACCCCCUCAGGCCGGCUGUCACGUUGGGGUUUGGCUCCUCCGAGGAAACGCAGCCGUCAUGGAAAGAAGAAACUCAAUUCCAGUCUGAACCGCGUAGGCCAGAGAUGUCGGCGUGAUGGCUCCCCAAGGCAUAGAUAUAUGUACAUAGGUUUUUCCCCUUUCCCUCCAAACAACAAAUCCAGAGGAAUGAGGCUGAAACAAAGGAGAUGACAUCAUCAGUGAUCUCAUCUCUCCCUGCUUGAUUUGACCUCCCGCUUUUCCACUUAGUGCUUUGUUUGGUUUCCACAGGAGGGAUGCAUGGAUCAAAGUGGCCUUUGCUCAGUCUUGUAUGAAAGGUGAAAUGUACCCCACCUUUUUUUUGGGCUCCUUGAGUCCCCCCCUUCAGUCAGUCAGGGUUUGUCGCCAGGAACAACAUCUUCUAUGCGUAUUAGGUUGGGGCAGGAGGCCGGCUCCACGCUGAGGCCUCAAUCCUUAUUGGGGGUUUUAUAGAUUUCUGAGGUUUUUUUUUUUUGGGUACACUUCUCCACCCUCGUUUUCUCGUGCCAUGGCCUCAGUCAAAGGUUUCCAUGUCUUAGAAUAAACUGCUUUAAUCUGUCGUUGUCGCCCGCACACACCCGGCCACCACACAUCUGCCCACGUUCAAAGAGCAGUCCUCUCCUCAGAGCUUCAGCUUUUUAAUCAACUUUUACAUCCAUCCUCAUCACACUUGGCAGCAGACGUGCUGGGACUCUGAUAAACGGCACGCCGUGUUUUUUUGUAUUUUUUUUUUUACGCUCUGAGCUGACAGAUUCAGUUUCUUAUUUGUUAAAGUCUCUGCUUGCAAACGCCUGCUUUAAAAAUGAUCUGUUCAUCAGGCUCAGCUUCAUUUUGAAAGACUGUUCGAUAAAAGCAAGACGAGCUGCGGUGAUGAAUGUCCUUUGUCCGCUGACCACUCACAAACGGGCUGCGGACAGCUGUUUGUGGCCAGCGACACCUUUUUUUCUCUUUCUUUUCUCCAUCAUUAAUGUUUAUAUAUGUGUAUAUAUUACGGAUGGGAUUAGUGUGGGCUUAUCUGUUGUCGUUGUUUGUGUACAGUUUGUUUUGGAAUACCCUACUGAAUAGCUGGUGCCUUAAAUGGGCUGAGCAAUGCACAGAAACAUUGAAAGCGGACACUUACUGAAGACAUUAAUGUAAAGGGUAUUAAUAUCUGAAGAAAGACGGACAGGUGUGCCCUUUUGAUAUGUUGUCCAUCUUCAUAUUUAAGAUUUGCUGUUAUCAGAGCUCUAGACUAGACAAAAGGUUGAUUAUCAUGCCUUAUACACUUCAAAAAGGACACGUAACACGUUGGUUACUGAGAAAAAUUGUAAUAAAGCAAAGUUUCACUGGGAAUUUAGGCUAGCCAGCUUCAUAGAAAAUAUUGUUCUGUAAAUAUGCUGGCUUUUUUAUUAUUAUUGGGGGAAAAAAAUCUUAUUUUUUGUAUGAGGUCUGUAAUUUUCACAGAGUAUUAGUUUAUCCUACGAGCGUCAGAGCGGCUCUCUGUGUGACGAUAGCGUAGACGGCGAUCCUAUUUUCACUGCAUUUUCUAUUUGUUCUGGAGAGUUUGUGACCAAUUAUUUUGUAUGUUGUUCUUUGAGUGAUUGAUAUCUCACAGGAAUCAGAGAUGAACGGGUGGUAGGUUGUCGUUUAUUCUUUUGUUUGCAAUAAAAACCACCAUUAUUGAA